GUCCCGAGAAAGCUGAAAUAUUUUCAAAUUAUUUAGUUUGGCUUGCAGUGAGAAUAUCAGAGUCAUUACAGUGAUAUAAGACACAGUUUACGUGAUAUAUUUGUUUAUACUCGUUGGUCUGUUUGCGCAAAGCUGAGGCAGCAUAAUCGUAUCAGUAAAGAUUUAUUAAACUCUUUAAUCUCUCUCCAAGUGACUGAAACAAAGAAAUUGUUUUAACAAUAAAACGGUCAACAAAUGACGAGAAUAACUGAAGAGCUUGUGCGAAAACGGGCGGAGCAUAACGAAUGUGAGAUCUUCUCGUUGGAGGAGCUGAGUUUGCAUCAGCAAGAUCUAGAGAAGAUUGAACAUCUUGAUCGAUGGUGUCGGGAUCUCAAGAUCCUCUACUUACAAAAUAAUCUCAUAGGUAAAAUCGAAAAUGUUGGAAAACUAAAGAAACUUGAGUAUUUAAAUCUUGCUUUAAACAACAUUGAAAGAAUUGAAAACUUACAGGCAUGUGAGUCAUUGACAAAGUUAGAUUUGACCGUAAACUUUGUUGGUGAACUUACAAGUGUAGAAAGUUUAAGGAAAAAUAUCUUUUUAGAAGAUCUCUACUUAACAGGAAACCCAUGUACUCAGUUUGAAGGUUACCAGGAGUUUGUGUUUGCUACCUUACCCCAGUUGAAACGAUUAGAUGGACAUGAGAUUGAAAAAUCAGAACGAAUUAAAGCCGUGCAAGUCUUGGAAAGUAGAAGAAAGCUAAUCGUUCAACAACAAGAAAAAUACCGAGUGGAAAGAGAAAAACAGAAGAAAGAAGCAAAUGAGCAAGGAAAGGCAAACGAACUUGUUAUUAAUGAAGAAAACCUUAGCAAGGAAGAACUGGAGCAGAAAAAAGACGAAGAAUUUUGGAAAGAAAAAGUUGAUUUCACUCCUGAAUCAAGGACCUCUAUUCAAAAUAAACUGAAAGAGAACAAAGAAAAAACUCACGACUCUAAGUUUAAACAACCAAAGAAAGAAAAGAGGGAGCGUCGUUUGUUUAACGAAGAAGGGAAACCAAUGAAUAUAAACGAAGGAAAAGUGGAUUUCUCACUCACAGAAACAGAGGAUGACGGAGCGUUUGUAUUGGAUGUUGCUUGUUAUAAAUAUAUGGACACUUCACUAAUAGAAGCUGAUGUCCAGCCUUGGUACGUACAAGUUACAAUGAAAGGCCAACUUCUUCAGCUAAGUUUGCUGGAAGAAGUGAAACCGGACAGCAGCACAGCUAAAAGAUCCCAAAUAACUGGACACCUGAUUGUAACCAUGCCAAAACUAGAUCCACCACCUGUUCCAGCUCAUAGACCAAACUCAGAAAGGAGCAAUGUUACCCCAAAAAAGACAAAGAAAGAAAGUCCCAAAGUGUCAUCUAAUCUACCCCAGAAACUUGAAGUAGACCAAAGCAAAUCUUUUGCCUCCACGCUUGCAAGUAUUGCUUCUGAUUCCCCAAGCAAGGAAAACAUUGUAAAAAACAAGUUUAUCAAACCUAAGGAAAAAAUUGAAUCCAAGAACUCUGAACAUUUUGUAGAUGACCCAAAUGUACCUCCACUUAUAUAACUGGUCUAAUAUUGUAGCUGCAAUGUGGGUUUGCCUAUACUUAUAUAUUUAUUUGUUAAUGCAUAUAUUCUGUUGAGUAACUUCUGCUACUUUGCAUCACAGAUUCAAUAAUUUGCUAUAAUUUGUAUUUGAUACUGUAUAUUCAUCAAGCAUUGGACUGUGAAUUGAGAUUUGUGUGGUGUUACUGUAUUAUUUGUGUGUUCCUUGUUUAUGUGUAUUAGGGUGGGGUAAGAUGGUUCAUGUUUCAUUCUCUAUUCUCGUCCCAUUUGGUAGUAUACAAAAAAAAUGUUUAAUAUAUAUCUGUAUCCUCGCAACUCAAGGAGAGUUUUGGUAUUUUUUAAAACACCAUAGGGAAAUAUGAGAUAUUAUGGACUGACUGUAACCGUUCCACCCAACAGUACUAUGCCAAUUGUUGAUUGAAAUAAAAGGCGAGCGGAAA